UCUCUCUGUUUUCCUUAAAAUAAACACACUUCCCCUCUCUUUCGAGCUUCUCUUUUCUCACCCUCUCUCGCGCGCUCCGUUUCUGUCACGGGUUCAUUGCCUGAUCGAUAGCCGUCCCGUCUCCGCCACCAGGAAACUUGGCGCCAGAGCAGCAUUUUUCUGGCGGGACCUCCAUCUCCCUUUUCUCUGAGGACUCCGUGGCCGCGCAAUGCGUUGUUGUCUGGCUGCGCCAGUUCACGUGUUUGGAUGCUGAGAGUUACGUUCUUUUUGUGGUUUCAUUCACGUUUGAUGCAGAGCUCAUACGCCUGAAAAGAUGGAUACUUCUGGGACAUAGAUUCCUCGGAAUAAAGCUCUAUCUCUGUCCGAAACAAACAUUCUGGGAUCGUUCCAUAUAAGUUAAUCUUUAGUUGGGUAUUUGAUAUCCGAGACGAAGGAGGUAUUUUGAUACAAUGGCUGCCCUAUUAAGCGCUGCUAUAUCAAGGGUCCAUAUGCUGUCAACCUCCGAUCACGCGUCCGUCGUGUCUAUCAACCUCUUCGUCGCACUCCUCUGCGCUUGUAUUGUCAUCGGUCACCUUUUGGAGGAAAGCCGGUGGAUUAAUGAGUCGAUUACUGCUCUUCUGAUUGGUCUAUGUACCGGUGUCAUCAUUUUGCUGACCACCGGGAUGAAAAGUUCUCACCUUAUGGUGUUUAGCGAAGAUCUGUUCUUUAUUUAUCUCCUGCCGCCUAUUAUAUUCAAUGCAGGGUUUCAGGUGAAGAAGAAGCAAUUCUUCCGAAACUUCAUUACCAUUAUGUCUUUUGGUGCAAUCGGUACAUUAGUAUCUUGUGCAAUUAUAACACUAGGUGUGACACAGAUGUUCAAGAGGCUUGACGUCGGUCCACUUGACAUAGGGGAUUAUCUUGCAAUUGGUGCUAUAUUUGCUGCAACGGACUCUGUCUGCACAUUGCAGGUGCUCAAUCAAGACGAGACACCACUUCUUUACAGCUUAGUCUUUGGAGAAGGUGUUGUGAAUGAUGCAACGUCAGUGGUGCUUUUCAAUGCGAUCCAGAGCUUUGAUAUAACUCAUAUGGACCACCGAAUAGCUCUGCAGUUCAUCGGAAACUUCUUCUAUUUGUUCGUUUCAAGCACUAUGUUAGGAGUAUUGACGGGAUUGCUUAGUGCUUACAUAAUCAAAAAGCUCUACUUUGGCAGGCACUCUACGGAUCGUGAGGUUGCACUGAUGAUGCUGAUGGCAUACCUUUCAUAUAUGCUGGCUGAACUCUUUUACUUGAGUGGCAUUCUCACCGUAUUUUUCUGUGGAAUCGUCAUGUCCCACUACACCUGGCACAAUGUCACUGAAAGUUCGAGAAUUACUACCAAGCAUACUUUUGCAACCUUGUCGUUUGUUGCCGAGAUUUUCAUCUUUGUCUAUGUUGGGAUGGAUGCACUGGACAUUGAGAAAUGGAGAUUCGUCAGCAACAGUCCUGGAACUUCGGUAGCUGUCAGCUCUGUGUUGCUCGUGCUGGUUCUAGCAGGAAGAGCAGCUUUUGUGUUUCCUCUGUCCUUUUUGUCAAACUUGGCCAAGAAAACGCAGAAUGAGAAGAUCAGCUUCAGGCAGCAAGUGAUUAUAUGGUGGGCCGGACUCAUGAGAGGUGCAGUCUCGAUGGCUCUUGCCUAUAACAAGUUCACAAGUUUGGGACAUACUCAUCUGCGAGGAAAUGCGAUCAUGAUCACGAGCACCAUAACAGUUGUCCUCUUUAGCACAGUGGUUUUUGGAUUAAUGACGAAGCCGCUCAUUAGGCUGUUACUGCCCCACCCAAAGCAUAGGACCAGCAUGGUAUUCUCGGACCACACUAAUAACAGCUCGAUGUUCUCAGACUCUUCCACCCCGAAAUCAAUCACUGUACCACUCCUUGGGGCCCCCCAAGGUUCCGAUGGUGAUCUCCCAAAUCACGAGGUUGUGCGCCCGGGCAGCCUCCGGGCGCUUCUGACAACCCCGACCCACACUGUCCACUACUACUGGCGUAAGUUCGAUGAUGCCAUCAUGCGCCCUGUUUUCGGGGGCCGGGGUUUUGUUCCAUAUGUUCCCGGCUCCCCAACUGAACAGAUUGUCCAUGACGACGAAUCAUGAAUUAAUCAAACACGUUCUAUCUCAAUUGCACUCGGGACUGGACGCCUUCGGCGAGGAAAGGCAGGCAAUGUAUUUUGUAACUUUAGCUAAUUGUAGUAUAUCACGAUGUGUGUAGAUGAAUGCCAUUCGCUUCUUCUGUAAAAAGUGGGCCGUAUACCCGGUCUCUUCUAUCUGGAGGGAAGUUAUCCUCAUAAGUAACCAUGUAAUUUUCGGACUGAGAGUUCUUUGAUAGGAGAAGUUCGACUUUUUGAGCAUA